AAAUUGCAUUAAUAUAACCCAUAUCUUCUAGGUGAUAAUUUAAAAAUACCAGGAUGCUGACCCUCCUGUGUGUGUGCUUCUUGCUGGGCUCCACAGCAGCUUUGAGUGUUCAGUCGCAGCCCUCUUCCUUCUCUGGGGAGUUCGGAACUGGUGGAGGUACAGCUUUCUCUUUCUCUUCGGAGCAACGGUACGGGCAAAUAACAGGCUUUCGCAUCAGGGAGACUACCACCAAUAUAGUUGGCAUCCAGCUCCAGUACGGUGAUAUCUGGGGGCCUUUUUACGGAUAUUCCAUCGGUACUCUUUUCGAGGUCUUGCUGUUCCGCGGUGAAAACAUCACUCAGGUGUCGGGGAAAUACGGCUCGGUGAAUGAGCUGGUCUUCGUGACAAGCCGUGGAAGAAUAUUCAAAUUCGGACAGCCAGCGGGGACAAGCUUCAAUGACUUUCCUCUGUUUGAGGGCACCGUACUGCGCUACAUUAGCGGGCGAUACGCCCCCAACAUCCUGACCAGUAUCGGCUUCCACUGGGGCACUCAACCCAGCUGCUACAACUGUAAAGAUGGUUCUAAGUGACCUCAAGAACUGAGGAGAGCCAAUCAGAAAGGCCAGAUUACCUUAUUGGCCUUUUUGGCUAUUUUUUUUUUGUUCCAUAACGUCUUUUGGCUUUUCUAAAAUCUUCCUUUCCAGUAUUCUCUGAACUAAUAAAGCUUUGAAAUAAUG